AUGUCUCCUUUGUCACUUCCGUCCCUUUAUGACGGCGGUCAAUCAUACAGUUGGACAACCACCAUUGAUGAACCUUAUUAUACUGAUGAGGAUUUGGUUAUUUUACAUGAUAUCGUCGUUCGCGCACAACAUCUCUUACCCACUCUACCUCCAAAGGAUAGACUCCCCACAUUAGCACUCGCCAAAGCAUACUACGAAUUCCUACCUGACCUUGGAAUUCACCCCGACCAUGACAGUCGAUACUUCAGAUUCAUAUUCAAAAUCGGCGUCACUGGAGAACCCACCGGCACACUCUUCGACAAAUUCGAAGAAUGUUUGGCCAAGAGAGGCAUUACUCUCGAAUUCGAUUACGAUACACAUGACUAUCUACGAAGUAACAAAGCUACUUCUCAAAUUGUCGCAGAUAAUAAGGAAAGCGACACUCUCUACAACGAUGAGAAUGAAUCGCCAUUACCACGACGCAAUUCAGAGACAGGCGUCUUGGAUCUGGGGAUUGCAGCUCAGGCACAAGCUCCACCACAAGAGCCAAAACAUAAAAGGAAUAAAUCAGUCUCUCCUCUACCUCUCGGGCCUGCCACACCCGCAAAAUUAAAUGAACUGAAAAGCUUCAUUUCGGAAGCUACUCGCGCACCAUCACCGGAACCUAUCCCAGAACCUACACCGCAACCACCUAGAACCACCCAAAAAGGGCGCGAAGAACGUGGAAUAAACAAUGUUAGAAAUUGGCUUGAAGCCAGUGAGAAUGGGUCGCCUCGCAGUCAGAGCAGAUCGAUUUCUGCACAUGGCAGCAUUCGCUCAAUUAAUCGACGCCCAGAGAGAGGUGCUCCGAGGGGCCGUCCACUCGGUCGCAUUCCCAUAAGCAACACCACAUACGAAUAUCAAGACGUCAGCGACGAGUUGACCACCCCUUCGGAAGCUGAAGAAGAUGAAGCGCAAAAAGCCGAAGAACAAGAAGUAGAGGAGCAAAAGGUUGAAGAGCUCGAAUCCGACGACGAAGACGGCGAAGAGCAAUUUCAUGACUCAUUUGAGGAGUUAGAAGAGGAAGAGAACGACGAGGAAUUCUAUGAUGCGAGCGAAGUAUUCGAUUUGAAUAACCCAUGGGUUCGACACGUAAUCAAACAAAACAAAAAAGCGAAAAUCAUCAAGGAACAUUAUCUUGAUGAUUUGAUGAUCAGAAAGCUACUUUCAUGGCGAGAUCAAGCAAGAGAGCGUCUAGAACGAAAAGCCAAGCUGAAUGCUGUAGCUAUGAAGCACGAUACCGGCGCCUUGAAAGAACAGGCCUUGUCUGGCUGGCUCGAAAGAACUCGGGCUAAAAAAAUUCAACGAUUGCUGCUGGAAGCCCAGGCGCAACAACAACGUCGUCGUCAAGAAGAGCAACGUCUUCAGGAAGAGCAACAACUUCAAGAGCAACGCCUUCGGGAAGAACGACGCCUUCAAGAAGAGCAAGAGAAGCAACAAUUUGCCUAUCAACCUCAAUUGGAAGCCGAAGAAUCUGAACCGAAAGCUGUUACAAUGAAGAACAACAACGCUCUGAAGGAGCAAGCACUGUCUGGCUGGCUGGAAAAAAUCCGGGCCAAAAAGGCACAAAAGCUACUUCUAGAAGCUCAGGCGCAGCAACAACAAGACCUCGAUGAACAAAACAAGCAACAAUUUGCCCAUCAAGCUCAAUUGGAAGCCGAAGAAUCUGAACCGAAAGCUGUUGCAAUGAAGAACAACAACAACGCUCUGAAGGAGCAAGCACUGUCUGGCUGGCUGGAAAAAAUCCGGGCCAAAAAGGCACAAAAGCUACUUCUAGAAGCUCAGGCGCAGCAACAGCAACGCCUCGAUGAACAAGAGAGGCAGGAAUCUGCUUAUCAGGCUCAAUUGGAGGCUGACCAGAGACUUCAUGAACAAAGAAUACAUGAAGCUCAACAAGCAAGGCUUUAUAAGGCCCAGAAAGAUGCCGAAAAAGCGCGUCUUGCUGAACUGGAAGCUGAGAGAGCUGAAUUGGAAUUUGAGCAGAAAUUCCGGGCGAAGGGAAAGAGAUUUGCAAGGAUCGGAUUGAGAGCCGUGUCGUGCAGAAAUGAUCAUCUCAAGGAGAAGGCUUUCACCCAUUGGUUGGCGAUAGCUCGAGACAAAGUUGAAGCCACAAAAGCGGCAGAAAGACAAUUGAUGAGGUCGCGCACUUUCAAGGCCUGGAAGUCUCACACGAAGGAGAGUGAGGAGAAAGUCCAGCUGGGCGAGGAAAAAGCUCGACAAGUCCAACUGAAAAAAUUCCUCGGCAAAUGGAAAGCAAAGAAGGAAAAAAUCGAGGUGGAUGAACUGGAAGCUGCUGAAGUUGACAAGUGCAACAUGCUUGAGCGAGUCUUUUCAAAGAUGGCCGAGAAGAAAAAGGUAAAAGAUUUUUCGAAAGAAGUCGAGCAAAGGAAUAAGCAACGGGCUUUGUCGACAUGGGUAGAAAAGGCACAAGCUGUAGCCGAAGCCACCCAGCUAGCAGAUGAUGAGAAUUUACUGAAGGCGGUCGAGAAAACCAUGAAAACUUGGAAACAAAAGACGGUAAAACAAAUUGCACUCAACCAGGAAGCCGAGAUUAUAGCCGAAACGAAGAAAAAAGCCGAUUCUAUGCAGAAAUGGCACCGCGAAGCUCAGACAGCCCCUGCUAGAAGAAGGGUACAGGGUGGCCACAAUGCAGGCGUACUCAAAGGCACUUUGCAUAGUUGGAAAAAACGUGCCGAGAAAGAGAGACUAGCUACAGAGAUCGAUCGUGCCAAGAUCCUCCGUGAAGCAUUUACCAAAUGGCGACAUCAGACCAGGGCGAAGAUAUCACAGGCCAUUUCAGAAGGCCGUGCUGUAGCCAAAGCCUUCAAAAUCUGGGAAUUGCAGACAAAGUUAAAAGGUGCCAAGGCACAGAGGGAGGAAGAUAUAAAAUUUGCAUGCUUGGAAGUCUGGUUCGAUAGGGCUCAAGAUACACGAAGCAGACGCUGGGAACGCGAAGAGACGGCUCGACGAUACGACAACACAAACCUAGCAACGUCUGUCCUCAAAUGCUGGUAUGCAAGAAUGGAUGAAAAGGCCGAUUUUGAAGCCCAAGCUACGGAACUUCAAGCUCCACGAAUUCUAGGUGAAUGUUUCGAUUCUAUGCGCGAGAAGAUGAAGAAAAUCGCCAUAAAUAAUAAGACCGCUCGUGGAUGCAGAAAAUUCUUCCUAAUGAGGACGGCUUUGUACGCGUGGCGAGACGCAACAUUUAAGGCGAAACGAGAAAAGCGUAAACAAGCAUAUAUCAAAGUUCGAAGAAACAGAAAAUACGCUAUUGCAAGAAGAUGGUUUUCUUGUUGGCGCGCCAAGGCACAAGAGAAAAUGGCAUUGAAUGAGCAGGCUGGUCAGUUCGCCCAAGGUAAAACAUACAUCAUAGGUAUGGACAAGUUUGACCAAUGGAGAGCUCGAACGGAUGAAGUAGCCGAAUAUGAACCCCUUUGGAAAGAGAUGGUCAUGAGGAAAUUCUUCAAUAGAUGGAAGAAUCGCACCGAGUCAUUACAAGUGUUGAAUAUUGAGGCAACACUUGACCACCAGGAGCAUAAUCAAUCCGAGGCGCUUCGAAAAUGGAGAUUGAAGGCGAUCCAAGCAAAAGCUAGGGCGAACACUGCAAAGGAAGUGCAUGAUAGGAGCACAAGGAGGGGUCAGAGAAAGAUGCUUCAUCACUGGCAAAAGCGAACUGCGAAUCAGCGACCAAUCGUGGAGGAUGGCACACCUCCUGGAACUGAGACAGCAGAGAAUUGGUCGGAUUUUGGAGAUGAAGUUGAGAUGGAUGAAAUCUCACGAAGACUUUACGAAAAGCGACCGGCUAUUGAGAGGAGACCGGCUGUCUUGAAUCCAAUAACCCCUGGAUACAUGGCUACACCCUCUCGAAGAAGAGUUGCUGCAUCUGUACGUUAUCAAUCUACAAGUGCCAGAGGGACAUUGCAAACCCCCAGAACUGCUCCAAUCAAGAGUAGGUUCGGCGAAUUCAGGAGCAUCAGGGAAUGA